UUUUAUGCAACACAUAUGACUAAAGUGAAAUGUGAUUCUCUUAAAAUGACUGAUGUUGUCAAGGAUGUAAGUAAAAUAUGGGCCAGGUUGUUUGACCAUAAAGCAUUUUUAAACGGAGAAAUAUCCUUUAUGUUACGAGAAUUCGAGCAAAAAAGAAACGAUAAAGAAGUUGACAAUUUAUUCCGAACUAUCGAAGAUAUUACCGAAAUUAAGGAUACUGAAAUUGAUCGAUUCAAACAAACUGAAGAUCAUGUAAAAAAGCUUAAUGAAAAUUUAGAGAAGGCUCUAGACAUCUGCAGUAAAUUAUCGGAUUUAGAGGAUAUAUAUAAACAGUAUACGACUCUUGAAGAUUCUCGUAUGAAAAGGAAACUAAUUUGGCAUAAUUUUAUGGAUGGGAUAACUUCAAAAUAUUCAGAAAUAAACUCUAACUUUGAAGCAAAAGAAGAAGAAUUGAUUAAAUUCUAUGAGGAGAUAGAAAAGAAAUUACUUAUUUAA